UCUUAGCAGUCAGGCACAUUGGAGUAGCUCACUGAUAAAAUUCAAGGAUUUACUGGGAAUAUCCCUGGCUAUUUUUGCUGUUGCUUUACCCUCUCUCUCUCUCUCUAUCUCUCUCUCUCUCUCUUCUUGUGCUCGGUUUGGAGAUGCUACAGUGUUUCCUAUGUACAGAGAGGGGGGCUGAGAACUGCUUGCAUCCUGCCAUAAGGAUCUACUAAGUGUCAGUCUCUCUAUCAGCAUGAAGCGUUGCAGAGCGCAGUGACUGACUGACUGAGUGAGUGAGGGCUUUCUUUCCAUUCACCAGGGAUAUUUUGAUUCAGAGUAACAUCAUAUUGUCUGUGAACUAAAUCCAUCCAUUCAUUUCUUAUCUGAGGGCUGCUGAUGAACACCUCUGGCUGAUCACUAACACAGAAUCAUCAAUGAAAAGAAUUCCAAACUCAUCAUGUCCUUCAAAUAUGAACUAUUUGUGUUUAUGUUUAUUGAGCUAUAAACUCACAGAUCAGCUGCAAGUAAAUAUCCCUCUCUGGAUGAUGAAUUGGAUGGAUAAAAUCUGGAUGUAACUAGAACAAUCGUAUUUUGUUGUCCGUGCUCCCUUUCACUUGUGUUACAAUGCCAGAAAGACUAGGGGAAAUGUUUGUGGAUGUCUGGACUCCAUUAAUCUUAUUAUGGAUUACUGUUCUUCCUCAUAUUUAUAUGGCUCCAAAGAACGAUACCUUUGUACUGUCAACUCAUGCACCAAUGGAACUUAAUGGAGUCAGUGAUCAGCAGAAAGUAUUAAACCGCUCCAAAAGGGGAUGGGUGUGGAAUCAAAUGUUCGUGCUGGAAGAAUUUUCUGGACCAGAACCAAUACUUGUUGGACGGUUACACACAGAUCUGGACCCUGGGAUCAGCAGAAUCAAGUAUAUUCUUUCUGGAGAAGGAGCUGGCACAAUCUUUGUGAUCAAUGACAAGACGGGAGAUAUUCAUGCAAUGAAAAGACUUGAUAGAGAGGAAAAGUCUGAAUACACACUUACAGCUCAAGCUGUAGAUCGGGAUACAAGCAAACCUCUAGAACCUCCAUCAGAAUUCAUAAUUAAAGUUCAGGAUAUCAACGAUAAUGCACCGGAGUUCGUUAAUGGCCCGUACCAUGCUACCGUUCCUGAGAUGUCUGUUGUAGGUACCUUUGUAACUAAGGUAACGGCAACCGAUGCAGAUGACCCUGUCUAUGGAAACAGCGCUAAAUUGGUUUACAGCAUUUUGGAAGGCCAGCCCUAUUUCUCUAUAGAACCACACACAGCAAUUAUAAAGACGGCUCUUUCUAACAUGGACAGAGAAGCCAGAGAAGAAUAUCUCGUGGUCAUACAAGCCAAGGAUAUGGGAGGACAUAUGGGAGGUCUUUCCGGGACUACUACAGUAACAGUUACACUUACUGAUGUUAAUGAUAAUCCUCCAAAGUUUGCAAUGAGUCAGUAUCAGUUUGUAAUACCAGAGGAUAUCGCUCUCGGAGACCCAGUUGGAAGAGUAAGGGCAAAUGACAGAGACAUUGAUGACAACGCCAAGUCAUCGUUUGACAUUAUUGAUGGAGAUGGAAGAGAUAUUUUCGAAAUCACCACUGACUCGCAAACUCAGGAUGGCAUAAUCCGACUUCGAAAGCCUUUGGACUUCGAGAGCAAAAAAUCCUAUACACUGAAAGUAGAAGCAGCCAAUAUCCAUAUUGAUCCCCGUUUCAUCAGCGGGGUGCCGUUCAAGGAUACAGCGACUGUGAAAGUUACAGUGGAGGACGCAGACGAGCCACCAGUUUUUUCAUCUCCUUCUUAUCUUUUGGAAGUACACGAAAAUGCGGCUAUUAACGGCGUUAUUGGUCAGGUGACUGCUCGUGAUCCUGAUGGGUCUUCCAGUCCUAUAAGGUUUUCCAUUGAUCGGCAUACAGACCUUGAUCGGCAAUUUAACAUUAAUGCAGAUGACGGGAAGAUUACCUUGGCAACAGCACUGGAUAGGGAAACAAGCAUGUGGCAUAAUAUAACAGUCGUAGCUACAGAAACAAGAAAUCACAGUCAAAUAUCAAGAGUACCUGUCGCAAUUAAAGUUCUCGAUGUUAAUGAUAAUGCGCCUGAAUUUGCCACGGACUAUGAAGCCUUUCUAUGUGAAAAUGGAAAACCUGGACAGAUUAUUCAGACUGUAAGUGCCAUCGACAAGGAUGAUCCACGAAACGGACACUUUUUCUUUUACAGUCUUCUACCAGAAAUGGUCAACAAUCCAAACUUCACAAUUAAAAAUAAUGAAGAUAAUUCACUCAGUGUUUUAGCCCGGCAUAAUGGAUUUAACAGACUAAAACAAGAGGUUUAUCUUUUACCAAUCAUAAUAAGCGACAGUGGAAAUCCUCCAAUGAGCAGUACCAGUACUCUCACCAUACGCGUCUGUGGCUGUAGCAAUGACGGAGUCGUCCAGUCAUGUAAUGCUGAAGCUUAUGUGCUACCAAUUGGACUCAGUAUGGGAGCCUUAAUAGCCAUUUUGGCAUGCAUUGUUCUGUUACUCGUAAUCGUGGUGCUCUUUGUGACUCUUCGAAGACAUAAAAAUGAGCCCCUUAUAAUCAAAGAUGAUGAAGAUGUCCGUGAAAACAUUAUUCGAUAUGAUGAUGAAGGAGGUGGAGAAGAAGACACAGAAGCAUUUGAUAUCGCCACUUUACAAAAUCCUGAUGGUAUUAAUGGAUACUUACCUCGUAAGGAUAUUAAACCUGAUUUUCAGUUCAUACCCAGGCAAGGUCAUACAUCUACUCCCAAUGGUGUUGAUGUGGAUGAAUUUAUUAAUGUGAGGCUUCAUGAAGCUGACAAUGAUCCAACUGCUCCACCCUAUGACUCUAUUCAGAUUUAUGGAUAUGAAGGGCGAGGGUCAGUGGCUGGUUCUUUAAGUUCCUUGGAAUCGUCAACAUCAGACUCAGAUCAAAAUUUUGACUACCUCACUGAUUGGGGUCCUCGUUUUAAAAGACUUGGGGAACUGUACUCAGUUGGAGAAAGUGACAGAGAAACUUGACAAUGAAUAAACACUUUUGCAUUCCAGACUCAAUAACUCUGUAAUAUUUUAGGGCCAUUUUUAGCUAUGACUAACGUGGCCAACUUGUUUUAGAGACAAAUUAGCACCAGUCAUCUAUAAAAUCAGCUACAUUGUAAUGUUGAACCAAAAAUGUGUACGUUAGGGGGUCAGUCUUGUGGAGUAUAAAGUUAAGUUUGUGAAGUAUCUAGAAGUCAUUGGAUAUUCAGUUUUCACUUGGACCACUAUGAAGAUCGGAGAUUUGGCAUCUGAGAUGUCUAGAAAAAACAGAAUCUGAAAAAAUAUUUUGCAAAAUAAGAAAUCUGAGUGAUUGUUGAUUUAGUAUAAUGUCUUCUACCAAUAAAGUCUAUUGCAACAUUUUGAAAAAAGGAACUAACCACUUAAAACUAAAGCAAUACCUGAUCUUUGAAUUUUGAUAAAAGUUCCCUUUUACUGGCUUCCAUUGUACAAUGACUUUGCAUUGUGCAUAACUGGUGGCCCAAGAACCACCAACUGAUUAUCAUCUUUACAUGUUUUUGAGCCUUAAAAUAUUCACAUGUCCUAUUUCGCAAAAAAGACUGAAAGUCCCAGAAUUGUGUACCGAUCGAGAGACAAAAUAUUCCGCAAGAAGUGGUGAAAUUAUUUUUUUCCUAAGUUCCAUGAUGAGAAGAUUGAAAGAAAAAUUUUAAGUAAUAUAUUUUACAAAAUC